AAACGGAUUUAAAUUAACAUUUUGAAUAAAAUGGAAGCCUCUGUGCGUGUGUGUUUUACACACAUAUAUAAUAAUUUCCUGGAAAAUGUUCCUCAUGAAGGAGCAUCUUCAUCACCGUAACAUGCGCGUGGGAAAGAUGGACCGGGCCAAACUAUCCGUACAGGUCGACACAGAAGUCCACAAACUGUCUCACGAGGAACACACCCGGAUUUCCUGGACUUUGCGUGAUUUUAGGUGAAAUUGACUAAACGCGCUGAGCUCACCUGCAGAUGGUUAAACUGGGGCCGCUCAGAGUUCCCCCACCCCUUUAUUUACCACUACGCGCUCAGAAAGACGCCCUCCGCGUUUCCUCCCUCCUCUCAGAGACGGAUGAAGGCUGAUAAAUCGUGUAUCACUUCACCUGAUCGGCGCGAGCUUCAGUCCGAGCCGGGCCCCCAGCUGCAGGCGGUGGGGCCAAGAGACUUUUAACUUCUUUACUACCUGUUUAAAUCCAGUCACGUGCGGUUGAUUCGGGACGUUCAGAAGUAACCAAAUCAACCAGUUUUCUUUCCUACCUGCAGCGCGAGCGUCAAACAUCCAGUGAGUUUGGGGGGGUGGGGGGUAAUAGUGUGACACCUGCCCUGGCGACACCUGGCAGACGGAAUGAAGAGCGUGCGCAUGCUCCGUGGUCAGCUUUAAACCUGUUAAGGCGCUCCAGACCUCAUCAGUGGAGAUCGGAUCUUUGAGCGAGCUGCAGGGCGGUCUCCUCCCCGCUGCUGGAUCACCUCCUGACCGCCCUCCCUCCACCAUGCCCCGCUCCUUCUUGGUGAAGAGCAAGAAGGCGCACAGUUACCACCAGCCCCGCGGUCUGCAGGACGACAGCAGGCUGGACAUCAUUCUGGCGCAAAUCUGCUCAGAGGAAGAGAAGCUGCCGGAGGACACCGACGUGUCGCUGGACAGGUGCGGCCUUUCUCCGGACUACCCACCGGAACACACCGCGGACUUCUUCCCGGUGUCUCCGCUGAGCUGCGCCGGCAGCUUGUGCGGUCGCUCCCCGGACUACGAGAACUUGUGGAGGCCUCCGUCCCCGUCCGCGUCCCCAGCGGACUCGGACAAGUCCCUGUCUCCUCUGGUGGAUGAGACGCAGCCCUUCGCCGUUCCCUUCCGGCCGUACGCCUGGACCAGCUGCACGGGGCCCGGGUUGAGGGCCCUGCAGCCGCAGAGCCUCCAUUCUAACAGGGAGGUGGACAGAUGCGCGGCGCCGGUGUCUCUUUACGUGGACAGGAGCAGCCACCCGGCGCUGUUCGCAGACCUGGAUCUGGGAGGGGAGACUUACGGAGACUACAGCAGACACGCGGCCGUCUUGCUGCUUCCUGAAGCGGGUCUGGGUCUUCACCGACAACCGACAACUGGGAAGACCCAGCAGGACCUUAACUGCUCCAGUCUGGUUCUGAACGGCGCUUACAAAUGUGUGAAGUGUAGUAAGGUGUUUUCUACUCCGCACGGUUUGGAAGUCCACGUCCGCAGAUCGCACAGCGGCACCAGGCCCUUUGCGUGUGAAAUCUGCGGCAAAACCUUCGGACACGCAGUCAGCCUGGAACAGCACAAAGCCGUGCAUUCUCAGGAGCGAAGUUUCGACUGCAAAAUCUGCGGGAAAAGUUUCAAGCGCUCGUCCACGCUCUCCACUCACCUGCUCAUUCACUCGGACACGCGCCCGUACCCGUGUCAGUUCUGCGGCAAAAGGUUCCACCAGAAGUCAGACAUGAAGAAACACACCUUCAUCCACACAGGUGAGAAGCCGCACAAAUGUCAGGUGUGCGGGAAGGCGUUCAGCCAGAGCUCUAACCUCAUCACGCACAGCCGGAAGCACACCGGGUACAAACCUUUCGGCUGUGACCUCUGCGGGAAAGGUUUCCAGAGGAAGGUCGACCUGCGCAGACACAAAGAGACGCAGCACGGACUGAAAUGACGCAGAAAAACCCGCAAUCAGUUACUGUGGUCUGUUUUCAGACAGAGAAACAUGGAAUUAUAUUAAAACUUUCUAACAGACUGCAAGACAGCGGAGGACUGGGCGCGCGUGCGCGCGCGCACACACACACACACAUUUAUUGUAACAUUAAAUUAAAGAGAUAAAAAUCCAGGAAAAAUAUGUUUUUGUUUUCAGCUUCAAGACACAGACAAAACACUCUGCUGCGGGAUUUACACAUACUGCGGGAUUUACACACACACUGCGGGAUUUAACGCACAUUUCUUCCAUUUUGCACCUUGUCAGAACUUCGUCAUUUCCAAAUAAACGAUUUUUGUUGUAAUAAAAACAAUUAAU